UGGCUGAAUGAUGAGUUCUCUGUCUUCUGUGUUUCAGUACUUGGCAUAGGCCACGGCAACAAGCUCCUCACUGACCUGUACAACUGCCACCUGACCAAGGUCUACACUGUUGGUGGGCUGUUUGGUAAAGCCACUGAUGACUUCUCAGACACAGGGAAGCUAAUAGAGAAGACAACAUUUGAUCAUAUCACAAGGGAGAAGCUGGAACGGAUUCUCGCUGUCAUUCAAGGAAGCAAUCAUAAGGCCCUGCUGAUGUAUUCUAACAUCGACAUGAAAACACAAGAAGCAUAUGAGCUGGCUGUCAAAGGGCUGAUCCGCCCCAUGGGGAAAAGCCCUCCGAUAAUCACAGCAAUCCGGUGCCUCCAGUUCACACCUCCCGAGUUCCAGCUAGAAAUCCAUUGCUUGCAUGAGACUCAGCAGUACCUCCGAAAAACAGUUCACGAGAUCGGGCUGGAGCUGAAGUCCUCUGCCGUGUGCACGCAGGUGCGCCGGACGCGCGACGGCGUCUUCACGCUGGAUGAUGCCCUGCUGAGAACCCAGUGGAACCUGCAGAGUGUACAGAAUGCAAUCUGGAACUGUCGGCUCAGAGUGAAAAAGGAGAUAGAGAAGACACUAGGCCGUCAGGAGGAAAGUCAUCUGCACGAGCUGGAUGUGGAGAUGGCCCACGCUGCAGAGAGCUGA